GGCACGUGCAGUCCUAUAUCUGUGCACGCACACAAUCUCUUAGACAGUCUACCAUCAAGAGAUCUCUCAGCAUGGCUGGCCCCCGAAGGAACAGAGCUGUAAUCAUUGUCAAUUAUCAGUUCUAUCAAGCCGAAGAAAGACUUAUAUCACGAGAGGGGGCCAAGAGGGAAGCAAACAAGCUUUUUAAAGCGCUUUCCAACUGCAAUUAUGAUGUGAAAUUGUUUCUGGACUUGACAGCCAAAGAAAUAGAAGACGUUUAUGAGAAAGAAAGCCAAGCAGAGCAUGGGGAUUAUUUUGUAAGCAUCCUUUCAAGCCAUGGAGAAGAAGGGAACAUAAUAGACUGCAAAGGACAAGCAGUACAGCUAACUCGCAUUUUUAAGAUUUUAUCACGUGAAAGAUGUCCACAUUUGGCAGGAAAGCCUAAAAUCUUCUUCAUACAGGCGUGCCGCGGAGACAGAACUGAUGACGGGAUCUACCUAGAAACAGACAGCAGCGCGCCAGCAGUAGACUGUUUCUCACAUUACCUCUCCAUUCCUGAAAAUACCGCUGUCAUGUUUUCUUGCAGUCCAGGCUAUGCUUCGUUCUGCAAUCAAUGGGAAUCCAUGUUCCUCAGGGCGUUACUGGAGCUGCUUGAUGGAAAUGAGCGAAAACUGGAGGUCACCAGUCUAAUGACAUGGAUUAAUUGGAAGGUUGCCUUUCAUUCUGAAGCAAAAGGACCUAAAUAUAAGGGCAAAAAAGAGAUGCCCUGCUUUGUCACUAACAUGGUGGAAAAGGUUUACCCUUUCAGACAAGAUAGGCAGCGCUCAGACUACCUAUGAUCACUCCAACCCUGAAAACAGGAGUCAAUUGUAGGUUUCCACAUCACCUUAAGCCAUAAGGUGGUUGAAUUUUUCAUUUACUGCAUUAUGAUCCAGCCAAUUAUAAUUUAUUCAACAAGUCAUAGAUACAGAACCCAUCAUUUAUUGUUGUCUGAAUGUGUUGAUUCGCAUGAAGCUGGGAGAGAAAUAGGGGUGGGGAUGUUUAAAAAAUAAAUUGUUAAAGAAGUACAUAGAACUCUGGAAACUCUUACAGGAAAUAAAAAGAAGAAAUACCAGUCAUAAUAGCUACAUGGAUGUUAUGCAGUACUUUGCAUGUGAAGGGGAAACGGAGCUCUGCAGUGUGUGGAAGCAGUUCCUUAAAGCUAGAGUUUCUUUUCCUGGCAUCCUGCAAGAAAUCCUAGGAAAAGGGGUGUUGAUUGAAGGAGUUGCCAACAAAUGCUAUGCAUGUUCCUAUGCAUACAGUGAAGCACCUUUUCCCCUUUUGAAUCCAGUGCACCUUGCAGCCCUUGUCUGUAGCAAACGGAGCAGAAUGUGUCCAUGUUCACCAUUGUUCUUAACUUUAUGUAACCGUCUUUGGGAACUUUGUUGACUGAAGAGUGAAAUGCAAAUGUUUUGAAAUAAAUUAUGUAAGUAAAACAGCAGAUUGUGAUAACAAAAAAGGAGGCUGCAUAAAUACAUAACACAAGCCAGUGGGGGCCUCUUUAGGGAUAUAGACGGACUGCUACAUUGGAGUUUAAGUUUAGGGUUCCUGUUUGUGUCAUAGUUUAAGAGAGAACUUUUAUAAAAUGGAUGCUGAACUGGAAAAGAAAUAUGGGAAACUGUAUAUGGUAACUGCAGCAAAUUUAUUGUACACAUGAAGAUGGAAUAAUGAAAUACCCAAGGUAGAUUGAAUUAUAAAA